AUGGCGUGGCUACCUUCCAAUAGCUUUUUAGAGAACCAUCCAUCGCUCAGUGAAGCUGGCCAGAGCCUCGCGGAUCUGAACUAUAUUGCCGAAACUUUUGGAUAUCCACCAUCGACUGUUCUCCCCGAGCCGUCCGCGCUCUUUACGGAUAAUUGCUUUAAUGGCCCGCUCAUGCAUUGCCCCCAGCCCGACCGGCGUGCUCAUGUGGGCCUAGUGGGGGUUGGAUCGCACCAAUCCAAUUACAAUAACCCAAAUAACUCCUCUAUCAAGUCCAACCGAGCGAAGGUUUGGGGGGCGGAAAAUGUCACAGGCUCUAGUGCCAUAUGGCCUCAGUCCCUGCCGUCCCUGUCCUCAACAAAUGGCAUGGGGCAAAUGAGCAAUCAUUCCCAAGUACUCGAGUACAAAUCCCCCGGGUCUACUAAUCCGAUAGGGGAAUCUGAGUAA